AUGUCCACUGUGUGGAAGACAUUGUGUGUGUUGAGUCUGUUAUCUCUAGCUCAUUGUGCCUACUCCGCAGCUCAACACCGUUCAUUCCUUAGGCUGGUACAAAAGGAAUUCAUCGGCCUACCUCUGGAUAUUAUCAUUCAAACCUUGGUGUCGCUUGGAGUGGCUGUUUUUGCUUGCGCUCAUAUCGCUGGUGAAUUCCAGUUCAUCAGAAACGACCAGUCGGUAAGGAUUUUAUUUGUUUGUUGUUUUAGGCAGAGAUAAUGCUGGGCAAAGGUUAUGCUUCGACAAUCUUAUACGAUGAAAGGUUUAUGCACUGUAGAAAGUUGUGAUAAUGAAAAAUAGGUUGAGAAUGACCAUUUUUGUCACAAAGGUUAAAACACACUGAUCUUUCUGUAAGAUUUGUGACAUCUUGAAGUUUCAUAUUAACCAUGAUACCAAAUUCCUUUUUUGAACGAAAAACUCUCAUUUUUGGUUAAAUUUGGUAUAAGCAAGAAAGAGAAAGACCAGAAAAGAUUCCUUAACAUUUUUAAAAUAUAAAUAAUGCAAAAUUUAAUUUGUAGCCGAAGAAAGGAGCCUGGAAUCAAGUGGGAAACCGCGUCAACUUCUACAUCUUCGAGCACCGUGCCAAAUGUUUGCAACCAAAGUUCGAUUAA